GGCUAAGUUAUCAUUUGAGAAGAGAAGUCAACAGGCUGGAUCCAUCAUUUGUGAUGAUGAUGUAUGUGUUCUAAAUAUCAACCGAAUUCUGAUAUGCCAAACUUGCGCAGGCCGCCAACAAGUAAUAGCGAGCUCGAUGGAUUUCUGUGCGCGACUUUGUGUAGAAUUGUAAAUGCGUUGGAACGCCCAAGUGAGGUCGGGCCGGCUAGGGCCGGGACUGAUUUGAAAUGAAAGACGUGAUUUUGCGCAGAGAUUGCUCAUUUACGAGCAAUGACUAUACGCUUUUUUCAGAACGGAAUGAAUAGAUUCUAUCCAGCGACAUGAUGUCUGGCUCCUCGACCCCACUCUCAUCGACGAAGACAUUGUCCACGGCAGCCUCACCCAAGCUAAAAGCAAAUGGGCUCGAACCCCUUUUCUUCAAUCCCCGAAUACCGGCAUCCCACCUAAUAGAAUAUAUUGCCUCGAGGCCGCAGAUCAGCUCAACGAUUUUUGUGUAUGAUUUAGCAGAGCAGACCGGCUUUGGCACGCUAACCAAGUCCUGGGUGAGGUCUGGCAAGGUGUCAGCUCCCGUCGUGGACUUGCAGACGAGGACUGGUGCUGGAUUGACGCUUGUCGGCCGUUUGUCGGAGGGUACCAGCCAGGAUGGUGUUAUCACUGCAUAUACAUCGACUAAAGGCCUUUCAUUGAUGGCUUCUUCCCUAUCCUACCUCCCGGAGGCAGGCCCAACUAGCAGAUUAGUCCUGCAAGUCCCCAACCUUCUUUUCGCCGACGAUGCCCUGUCGAUUUCACCGUCUCUCGCCCCCCUUGCUACUUCCUUACCCAUUCUUCCAAGCAGCCUCGUCAUUCUUCUCUCCGCGACCCCUCAGGAAGCUGCUGACUUUGCGCAUAUAUCCUAUCAGCUCACCUGCCAUCAUGUUGUACACAUCUUCGACCACUAUGGAGCUGCCCGCGAGAUAGGCCACUCUGUCUCUCCCCUGUCCCCCUUCCUUGUUAAAGAGAAUAGUUCAGUGGCACGUAUCCUGGCUCAAGCCGGAUAUUGCUUUUUCGACUAUACUGGCGACUCGGAGGCAGAGACCGUCGUUAUUCUUCUAAAUGGCCCGUUAGCAUUAGCUGCCAAAGCCAUUGCCAGCCGAUCUACAGGCUUUGGGGUUAUUUCUGUGAAUGUAUUGAGACCCUGGGAUGAGGACAGUCUCCGGGACGUCUUGCCAAAGACAGCACGUAUCAUUCAUGUUUUGGAUGACGUGCCGACCACUUUGACGCAGGGCUUUUUGUACGCUGAUGUCUUCGGCGCACUGCUCCACUAUGAGGCUGUGUCCGCCGUUCACGGACAUCCCGUUACUCCCGCCCUGACUCAGUCGUAUGUUUUGAAAGAAGACGCGUUCACCCGCUUCCUCUCGAAACUAGUUCCUGCGUCUGUCAAAAAUGUGUCAGCUUUAUUGCCCUUCUCCGCCAAGAAGUUGUUCCUCUUCAGCACUCCCAAUUCUGCAUUGACAUCCUUUUCGCAUGUCCUGGAGGAAGUUUUCCUGUCCAACAAAGGCGUAUCAGCGCGUCUCCUUACGGACCACGAUGCAUUCUCCAAGUCUGGGGGCAUUACGAUUAACCGUAUGGUUCUUUCGCCCAAGAAGAGUGUGACGCCUUUCCUCCCCAUUCCCAUCGCCCUUCCUCUCGAGAAGGACGAAGUUGAUUUCCUUGGUAUAUUGGAACCAAGCCUCCUCAAAUCCCAUUCCCUUGUCAAAUAUGCUAAACCCGGCUCUGUGAUCCUUGUCAUCACGUCCUCGUCGCCUGCAGAACUGUUGGCUAAUUUGCCUUCGGAGUCAAUCGCGUCCGUGGCUCAGAAAGGCGUGCAUCUUUACACCCUGGAUGCUGCGGGUAUCGCCUCUCAACUUGUUGACGCCUCUAACACCGACACCAUUGAAAACGUCCUUGUCACCCUCGCUUUCCUUAGGCUGUAUCUAGGAGGUGCUGCACGGGAAGAACUUGUAGCUACUGUCGCAAAAAGUGCCUUUGAGAGUGUUGUACAGGGUGCUUCACUCGAAGCGGUGAACUCUGCUGCUUGGUCGGGCUUGGUCGAUGUUGAGACUCCCGCAGUCUCCAACGAGGAUGCCACUUCAGGCGCACCGCAGAAGGAGAUUGAGUUUAAUGCAGUCCUCGUUGAAAGUGAUGACGGUGAUUCAGUGGUCACUCAUGCGUAUGUGGGUACCUGGCAUGAUGCGGCGAAGCACCUCUUGUUCCAUGACGCGUUCACCCCUUCCGGACUGGCCCCCGAAGCCUCUCUCCGCCCAGAAAUUCCCGAUGAUACUUUCCUUGUUACGUGCGUAGUCAAUCGCCGACUUACACCUCUGGAGUACGAUCGCAAUGUCUUCCAUCUCGAAUUCGAUACUUCAGGUACCGGGCUUAAGUAUCAGAUUGGUGAAGCACUAGGUGUGCAUGGUUGGAACGAUGCACAGGAGGUCCUUGAUUUCUGCGAGUGGUAUGAUGUCGACCCUAAUCGUCUUGUCACUAUUCCCGUGGUAGCUGGUGAAGAUAACAUGCACACACGCACCGUCUUUCAAGCGCUGCAACAGCAGAUCGAUCUUUUCGGCCGUCCACCAAAGUCGUUCUACACUGAUCUCGCGCCUUUCACCACCUCAUCCGUCGACAGACAUGCUCUUCUCUUCAUCGGGUCAGCAGAAGGCUCCUCGACUUUCAAGAAAUUGUCGGAGAAGGAUACCGUUACCUUUUCAGAUGUGCUGAGAACGUACCCCAGUGCCAAGCCUGGCAUCGAGCGCUUGUGUGAACUUGUGGGCGAUAUUAAGCCAAGGCAUUAUAGUAUUGCCAGCGCUCAGAGUGUCGCGGGGGACCGCGUUGAUCUACUCGUCGUAGCUGUGGAUUGGCUGGCACCGAAUGGCUCUCUUCGCUACGGUCAGUGUACACGGUAUCUAGCUGGUCUCAAGAUUGGCCAAAAAGUCACCGUGUCCAUCAAGCCCAGUGUCAUGAAGCUACCGCCGGACAAUAUGCAACCACUCAUUCUCGCCGGUCUAGGCACGGGAGCCGCCCCCUUCCGAGCCUUCCUACAGCACCGCGCUUGGCUCCUUCAGCAAGGCCAAAAAGUCGGACCUGUCUACUACUACUUCGGAUCUCGGUAUCAGUCAGCAGAGUAUUUGUACGGAGAAGAGAUUGAAUCCUUCAUACUCGAUGGUGUCAUCACUCGCGCCGGCCUGGCGUUCUCUAGGGAUGGUCCCAAGAAGGUCUACAUCCAGCACAAGAUGCUCGAAGAUUCGGAAGCGUUGGCUACCAUGAUUCAAGACCAGAAGGGUGUUUUUUAUCUUUGUGGGCCUACAUGGCCCGUGCCUGACGUGUAUGAAGCCCUUGUUAACGCACUCGUGAAAUACAAGGGUCAAGAUGCUGCGUCUGCCGGGGAAUAUCUUGAAAGUCUCAAGGAAGAGGAGCGAUAUGUACUCGAGGUGUACUGAGAGCCAUACAACUGAUACAACUAUUGUCGAGAUUAUAAAAUAGUGAUCUGUGUCCUUGCUUAUAUAGUAGUGUACAAAUUAUACCUUCUGCUAUUCAUGUAGACAUAAUGACAGAAAUGCAAGCUCAUAAGUAUGCAGAGUCUGGGUGUAGCUUGGCAGGGCUUUGUCUACCGUUUCAACAUGCAAUGACCCAUCCACUCAGUUUAUCGUACAAAUUU